GCAACCAGUAACCACAUGCUCUGAAUCAUUCCAACACCCUCCAAUUGACAUACGCCGCUGCUCGACACCGCACCGAGGCUCCAGGCCUCAUUGAGCCAGCGUUAUUCAUAAACUCUUUCACUGCUAGUACAGCCGACGCCUGGAACACCCCCGACCACGAUGCCCCCAAAUCUCAGGCAAAGACUCGCAGCAUUGUCAUUGGCUCCUUCAUAUCCUUCGACACCAUUGGGAGCGGCAGGACCGAACUCACUGAGUGGGCCAAGGAAGUCAUUUGUACCUCCUUGGAAACGGGGAAGCUCCCAUGUCCCUGGUAACGAGCCAGGGGAGAGGGAGAGGGUAAAGGAGUUGAUGGGCAAAGUCAUCUUCCAGGCUGGGGUAGAUUACGAAACGAGGCCAAUGGUUAUCAUCUGCGCGUCAGCCUUACCGGACCCACAGGCAGUGUCCUACGACUUGAUGUUAUCCUGUAUUCUGUCGUACCUCGACCUAUACGUGGAGUCCGAUUAUACCGUGGUCUUCUUUGCAGCCGGUGCCAAACACAUCCCAGGCUGGAAUUGGAUAUGGAGGGCGUACCGCAGCCUCAGUCGGAAGUAUCGUAAGAAUUUGAAGCGCCUGUAUAUUGUACAUUCGUCAUUCUUUUCCAAAAUGCUCUUUUCCGUAGCAGGCGCCGUCAUCAGUCCCAAGUUCUUCCGGAAGAUUGUGUAUAUCAAUACCUUAUCUGACCUCGCCCACCAUGUUCCCCUUACCCAAAUCGAUAUACCACCUGCAGUUUACAAGGAAAAUCUCAAGUACGAGAAAGAAGUCACCAUGCCAAUACCUGUACGCGCCAGUCUCUUCGGCGUGCCACUCGAGGAGUUGAUGGGUUACGAUGGAGAGAAAGACGGUAUUCCACGCGUCGUGAAAGACGCAAUCCAGUAUAUUCGAGAGAGUGGCCUGAAUGAGGAAGGACUUUUCAGGCGAUCGCCAAGUUCUUCACUACUGAAACAAGUCCAAGAAGCCUAUGACCGGGGCCAAAUCGUGUCUCUUCCAACAUUCAACGACCCUCACUUAGCAGCCGUCUUACUAAAGAAGUAUCUUCGCGACUUACCUGACCCGGUCUUCUCAGAGACACUAUACCCCGUUAUUCGACAAUGUCCAAUGCCCUCUGAAGACCCUACUGACAUGUCCACUAUAAUUUACAUCCGAGACAUCCUAUUGCCUCAGCUCAAACCUUGCGUGUACAUCCUACUGAGCCACAUCCUACAACUUCUCCAUGACGUAUCGCUGCAUUCUACAGACAAUCGCAUGGAUGCACGUAACCUUGCUAUUGUGAUCUGCCCAAACCUCGUCAAAGGCUCCAAUCCUCUGACAGAUGUCACGAUGUGUGCAGUAUCGGGAAACCCAACACAUGAAAACAACAUUACUGUCCCGGCUUCUGAUGCCUCAGAGGCUGCAUCACUCGGUCCCCCUUUCUCCAAUGGUUCCGCCUUGGAGGGGAAAACCACUUUGGGGGCCAUCCUGGUAGUUUGCAUUCAACGCUACUACGAAAUCUUUGAUGAAGUACGAGAUCGGUCCGAACCUAUGCGGCCUUCGUCAAGACGAUUUUCCCGUUCUGCGUCACCACCAGUUCCGUGCUCUCCCUCCGCGUCAUCUACAUUUAGCCCGAAAACAUCGCGACCGUUGAGUCUCUCUGUGGACGAUGAAGAUAGCGUAGAUGAUGCUAUGCUCGUCAUGCCCAUUGGACCCAAUGCGAACACUGCUUCGUAUCCGGGCUCCCGCGAAGACAGUACCCAGAACGUGCCAUCAGUCGGUGUUACCACAUUUCCCUACCAGCCCCGUCAACGGAAAGUCGUUUUGGGUGGUGAGGUGCGUUCCCUCCAGAAUGAUCACAAUAGCGGGAACAACUACCCCUCGACAAGGAGUAGAGCGCGUUCCAUCAUCAGCAUAGCCCGAAAGGAUGACAGUCCAGGGAGUAACCGGGGCUCGAUAUCUAUCAGGAGGAGCACCAUUCACAAGUCGACUGGUUCUGGCGUGGAAGCAGUAGGAAUCACAGCCGGCGGAUUCUUUACACCCCCAACCACCGUUUCCCCCCCUCGUUCACCGCCACCCUCCGGAGGUCCUGGUGGCAGAUGAGGGUUUGUACUCUAGGUCGUAUCUUUGAAUUCGCGGAUAUUUAUUGUAUCUGGUUUUCCCCGCUAUUGUACGUUGACUAGAACUGCUGUGGAAUUGACAGUUUGCAUCAAGGAGGAGUUGCAUUACAAUGGUCG